CCCCAUCCCUCAAGCACUGAAAAAAACCAACUGUUCCAACAUGAAGCAUUUUCUUGGACAUGUUAUGUUCACAGCAAGCCAUAAGCCUUACCUUGCAAUGCUCUCUAUACAAUUUGUGUAUGCCGGUAUGGCCUUGUUCUCAAAGGCAUCUAUUGACCAAGGAAUGAACCCUUAUAUUUUUGUGGUUUAUAGGCAAGCAUUUGCUUCACUUGCCCUGGCUCCAUUUGCUUUCUUCCUCGAAAGGAAGAAGGCUCCUCCACUAUCAUUUAUUCUACUGUUCAAGAUCUUCUUGGUUAGUUUAUGUGGGCUUACACUGAGUCUCAAUCUAUACUAUGCUGCACUCAACUACACCACUGCAACAUUUGCUGCAGCAACUACCAACUUGAUUCCUGCCAUAACCUUUAUUAUGGCUGUCUUAAUGAGGAUCGAAAGCAUAUCUGUAGAGCAUAUAUAUGGGGUGGCCAAGGUGUUGGGAACUGUGACGUGUGUUUCUGGGGCUUUAAUAGUGGCAUUGUAUAAGGGUCCUUCUAUUAAGUUUAUGAGUUGGUAUCACUCAGUUCACACAGAAGUUUCACAUUCAUCUGUAGUCAACAGUAGUCCCAAGAUGGAGUGGGUGAAAGGUGCUCUUAUCAUGCUUUCUGCUAACACAGCCUGGUCAUUGUGGCUUGUUUUGCAGGGCCCCAUUAUGAAGAUAUAUCCAGCUAAGCUACGUCUUACGAAUCUGCAAUGCGCCUUUAGUUGUAUUCAAUCAGCUAUCCUGGCCGUAGUUCUCAACAGAAAAAAUCCAUCUUCAUGGAAGCUUAGCUGGGAUGUUCAACUUCUUUCAGUGGCAUAUUGUGGUAUUAUUGUCACUGGGAUUACGUACUGGUUACAAGUUUGGUCCAUAGAGAAGAAAGGACCUGUUUUCACGGCCCUGUUUACUCCACUUGCACUGCUUAUAACAGCUAUCUUCUCGGCAUUCAUGUGGAAAGAGACAAUGCACUGGGGAAGUGUUGGUGGGGCUAUAUUGAUAGUGGUGGGACUGUAUAGCGUUUUGUGGGGGAAGAAGAAAGAGAAAGAAGUUGAAACAAGUGUAACAAAUGAACCAAGAAGACGAAAUGAAGACAAAGAAGAGAUCAGACUGGAGUGCAUCACACAUCAGUGAGUGAUAAAUAUGAGAAGAUAGAAAAGUGCCGAAGGACUUUGUCUAAGGAAACAUGUAGCCCAAAUCAUUUUCUCUAUGAAGAACUUAUUGGCCUACCACCUUGGACAGUUUCUUCUAUAUCUUCUUCUUUGAUAUGAGAUGAUAGAAAAGUGCCGAAAGGACUUGUAAGUGAAUGUAUAAUAUUUGUUUACUAGUCUAUGCACUCAUCUCUGAAAGAGAAAUGCAUAUGUCUUCUACCAUGCUGAAUAGAGAAGUGAAUAUAUUUCCCAACUUAAUAAA